ACCACGCUGAAGAUGCCGGGACUGCUGCUCGGAGACAUAUUACCCGAUUUCGAAGCAGAGACCACCAAUGGCACAAUUAAACUUCACGAAUUUCUCGGCGAUUCGUGGGGAGUCCUGUUCUCCCACCCUAGAGACUACACCCCGGUGUGCACCACGGAGCUGGGCCGAGCUGCCAGGCUCAGCAGCGAGUUCAGCAAACGCGGUGUCAAGAUGAUCGCCCUGUCCAUCGACUGCCUGGAGGAUCAUCACGGCUGGACCAAGGACAUCCUGGCAUACAACUGUGAGGAGGAGUCUGCUGGCUCCUCGCUGCCCUUUCCCAUCAUAGCGGACAGUAAACGGGAGCUGGCAGUGGCCCUGGGCAUGCUGGACCCUGUUGAGAAGGAUGAAAAUGGCAUGCCUCUCACUGCCCGCUGUGUGUUCAUCAUCGGCCCUGACAAACGGUUGAAACUGUCGAUCCUCUAUCCGGCCACCACAGGACGCAACUUUGAUGAGAUCUUGAGAGUGGUGGACUCGCUCCAGAUCACAGCGGGGAGACGAGUGGCCACACCUGCCGACUGGAGGCCUGGAGAGUGUGUGAUGGUCCCUCCCAGCAUGACUGAAGAGGAAGCAGCCAACUUGUUCCCGGAUGGCGUUUACACCAAAGACCUGCCCUCUGGCAAAAAAUACCUGCGCUACACACCCGACCCAGAGGCAGAGACGACGCUCACUUCUGUUAUACAGACUGCACUUUAAUCCAGCAGUCCUCCUGGUGUCCUCCUUUACUACCAGGUAGAUAAAACAGUCAGCGGGCAUCCCAGCUGUGAAU